AUGAGAAUGAACGCCACUGAUAAAACUCAUUCAUGCCUUCCUCCCUUCCAUGUGACGUCAUCUGACAGUUUAAAACACAAGCACCCUCGUGUGCGUUGCACCUUUAAGACACUUUACAGAACACUCAUCAACCUGCGGCCGGGCCAGGCCGGCACCUCCGCUGAAUCAGAACCGCGCGGGGACCGGCUGGAGCGGCCCGUGCACGCCCCGCCCGCCGCGGGCGCGCUCCCGCGGUCCUCGGAGGCCUGCGCAGGCACGACAGGCGCGCUCCCGGGGGCCGGGCGGAGGCACACGACCCGGCACGUCACUCGGUCUUCGGCAGGACUCGUGUGUGUGCUCGUGUUUCAGAUACGGACACGGAGACGCGGGGAUGAAGAGCUGGGGGCCGGGCAGAGCCGCUGCCAGCGCUGCGCUGGGGGCCGGAGGGCGCUGGGGGCGGGAAGGCGCGGGGAGCGGUACAGUACCAGUGGGAAGCAGGGGCUCCAGCGGGGUAAAGGCGCGCUCCAUAGCGGAAAACCGGCCUCUGCGUUAAAACACAGGGGCGCAGGUUCGAGUCCCCGAGGCUGCUGGGGCAUGCGAGACGCCCGCGCUCGGCGGCGCAUCCGCGGACGCGCGCCGGCGGGGCGGGGCGGGGCGGGGAGGGGAGACCGCGCGACGGGGCGCGCUCCUCGGGGUCGUCCCUCCCGCCGCCAGGCGCCCGCCUCCAUCCGGGCACCGGGUGGCGCCCCCUGCCCGCUGCCCCGCCUCCGAGCGCCGCCGAUGGAGCGCCGCUAUCGAUCGCUCGGCGCGCGGCUGAGGCGCCUGGCGCGCGGCCCUCUUCCGGGAGCGACGAGCCGCCCGCGCUUCUUCGCCUUCCUCGCUCCGCGCAGCCCUCUCCGCCCGGCCUCGGCAGAAGCUGUCACUGCCCUUCCACCCGCCUGCCAAGCAAAGCGGCUGCCCCGGUCUCCUCCGCGGGCCGACCCUCGGGCGCCGCGUCCGCGCCCUUCCUUCCUGCGCCCGGCGUGUCGCCGGGCCCCCCAAGGGAAGCGCGCUCCCGCGGCUGCCUCGCCCGCUCCCAGCAAGCCUGACCUCCAGCACCGCUGGCCUUGCAGCCGCAGAGCGGAGGCCGCGCUGGCCGGAGACCGUCACGGCGGAAGCGCGUGCAGGUGUCCAACCCGUGCACGGAGUCGUUGGAGAAGUGGCCCGAAGCCGGACCGCCAGGCACCCGGGUCCUCUCCUGACGCGGUCAGAAGGCCACGUUGGAAGGUGCCGUUAGGGAAGAGAUGUGACAUGUGACACAACGGGUGGCUGCAGCUGUGACACAGAGAACCACAAGCCGUCAGUGAAGGGCGACCCAGAAUAUAAAUAGGCAGAUUAUAUGGCCAAAAAAAAAAGUAACUACCGCUAAGGAACCUUGAACAAUGAAGUAAAUGUAUCUGCCAGAUUGCAAAUGAUUCUUCAAUAACAAAAACUUACAUUUAUUCAGCAAUUAUUACGUUCCACUCACCGUUGAGCGUUGCAUCUGUUCUGCUGGCUUUCUUCAUGGUGCGAAUGUCUGCAGUGUGAUGUACCAGUUACCAUGAUUCUUUCCAGUACUAGGAUCAAGAAACACGAUCCUAAAUCGGAGGAAUUCAAAGCCGGGUGACCCAAGUUCCCCGAAGAAGACAAAGAUGGCACCCGGACAGAACCCAAGAAGAUGGACCACAAAAUUGUGACAAAAGGAGGUGAAACUCCAAGAGAUCGGGUUCUGGCUGGGCGGAUGGAACUGAAGGCUGGGGCUGCCAGGGACCUGGAACCUGAGCAGCGUAAGGAGAGGAGCCCGCGAGCGACCUUAGCAGCAGGCCAGGAGGGCCCCAGUGGGAACCAGUGG